AUGGCUGCCUCGAGAGACGAACAGAUUCGGACAUACGGCUGGACAUCCGUUUCGUGUGAUCCAAAGCAAUGGGGUGGCACGAAGGCUUUCAACAAUCCGCCAAAGCCACAACUGUGUGCUGACGUCUCAGUCCCGUCUACUGCGCUCGCCCAAAAGUCGAUGGAAUACGCCCAGAAGGAGCUUCCAGCACCUACGUUCAACCACAGCAUGCGCGUCUUCUAUUAUGGCCUCGCGAUUGCUAGCCAGCAAUUUCCCGACUGGCAGUUUAGCACGGAGACAUGGCUCUUGACAUGCUUGUUCCACGAUAUUGGCACCAUCGAUAAGUACACACACGGAACGUUCAUGUCGUUUGAGUUCUACGGCGGCUUGCUCGCGCUCAAUGUGCUGAGAGACCACAAUUGUCCUACGCCGCAGGCUGAAAGCGUUGCUGAAGCUAUCAUUCGGCAUCAGGAUCCUGUUGAGGUGGGCACAAUUCACACGAUUGGGCUACUCACUCAACUGGCGACGCAAUUCGAUAACAUGGGCUAUCGAGCGGGCUACGUCCAUGAAGACACUAUCAAAGAUGUGGUGAAGCACUACCCUCGAAAACAUUGGUCCAAUUGUUUUGCGAGCAAGAUUAGGGAAGAGGUUUUCGUCAAGCCAUGGUGCCACUCAACAGCCUCAGGGGAGAAGUUUCCGUAUGACGUGGAGCACAACACGCUCAUGGAGCCGCAUGAUGCUCUACAAUAG